CAGGCGUAAGUAACAUUUCCCUUAGCCUUUGCACCUUACAAGUUGCAAAGAAGAGAACAAAGUUUCAGAGAACUCACCACGACACCUUUCUGUCGUCUCCAGAUGGACGCGGAGCUUAGGGCGGCCAAAGCUGCUUACCGGAACGCCAAGGCCGAGGGAAACCACCGGGAGGAGGCGCGGUGGGCCAACGUCAUCGGCGACAUUCUGAAAAACCGAGGAGAGUACGUCGAGGCUCUCAAAUGGCUUCGAAUCGAUUACGAAAUUUCGCUCAAACAUUUACCUGAGAAGCACUUGCUCCCAACCUGCCAAUCCCUCGGCGAAAUCUACCUCCGUCUCGAACACUUCUCCGACGCCCUAAUUUACCAGAAAAAGCACCUGGAGCUUGCGAGGGACGCCAACGACGUCGUCGAGCAGCAGAGGGCGAGCACGCAGCUCGGCCGAACAUACCACGAACUGUUCUCGCGAUCGGAACACGACCACAACUCGAUUCGCAACGCUAAGAAGUACUUCAAGUGCGCGAUGGAUCUCGCAGUGAGUCUCAAGGAGAAUCCUCCGAAUGCCAAGUCUUCUUUCCUCAAGGAGUACGUCGACGCGCACAACAACAUUGGCAUGCUGGAGAUGGAUCUCGACAACUUGCAUGAGGCGCGGAAGAUCUUGACCAGAGGAUUGGAUAUUUGUGAUGAAGAGGAGAUCGGUGAAUACGAUGACGGCCGUAGUAGACUCCACCACAACCUUGGCAAUGUGUAUAUGGAACUUAGGGUUUGGGAUGAAGCUAGGAAACACAUUAAGAGGGAUAUUAUGAUUUGUAACAGAAUUGGACAUAUUCAAGGGGAAGCCAAGGGCUAUAUUAAUCUUGGAGAAGUGCAUUACAGGACUCAGAAAUACGAAGAUGCAAGGGCUUAUUAUGAGAAGGCGCUUGGUUUGGCGAAGAGCUUGGAGGAUGAGGAUGCUUUGGUUAGACAAAUUGAGCAGAAUAUUGAAACUGUGAGAGAAGCUGUCAAGGUAAUGGCUGAUAUAAAGAAAGAUGAACAGAGCCUUAAGAAGCUCAAAAGAGAUAUAGCCUCUGCCAGAGGGACGCCACAUGAGCGCAAAUGCUUGCUGCAGCAGAAUGUGGUUCUUGAACGCCUUGUUGAGAAAGCAAGGAUGAUCUUUGCGUGGGAGAAGCAUUGUGAAUUUGCAAAGGAGAAGAAGAAAAUAGCAGCUGAACUCUGUGAUAGACAGAGGUUGGGUGAUUCAUAUUUGGAUGUUGCUGAGUCAUACCAGAAGCUUAGAAAAUUCAACAAGGCAAUCAAAUGGUACAAAAAGAGCAGGGAAAUGUACAAAGCAAUUGGUAACUUAGAGGGGCAAGCACUGGUGAAAAUUAAUAUUGGAAAUGUUUUGGAUUCUACUGAAAAUUGGAGAGAAGCAUUGGAUGCAUUUCAUGAUAGCUACAGUAUUGCUGUUGAUGCAGACCUUCCUGAUGUGCAACUCUCUGCCUUGGAAAAUAUGCAUUAUAGCAACAUGCUAAGAUUUGAUGACGAGAAUGAGACCAGGAGGUUGAAGCUUCUAAUUGAUAAGCUGAAGAAGUCGGAAGAAAAAGAGGCAGAAGCUAAAAGUAUGCAAGAGGAUUGUUGCUCUGAAACUGAUACUGAAGCAGAUGAUUAUCUGUCAAAUAGUGGGUCUGAUGAUUUUUGCUCUGCAAAGACAAAUUCUCGAUCAAAAUCUCUGACUACUGGAGAAGAAUUGAAAGAUGAUGCAUCUCUUAUGUCACUCUAUCAGUCCAUAAAAGGCUCAUCCAAAAAGAAAGCAGGCCACAAAGAAAGUCUUACAAACUCUACCAAGCCAGAUGAGCAAUCACCCAGGAGUCUGAACAUUCAAACCAAUGAUCAUCAGACAGUUGUUGGUCGUAAACGUGUCCGUGUAAUUCUUUCUGAUGAUGAUGAUGAUGACAAUGUGGAGUGUUCAAGCAGAAAGGAUCAUGAUUGCUUGGUAGAGGACUUGCCCACUUAUGAUGCAAUUAAGAGUAAAGCCAGUCCUUGUAAAAUUCAGGUUAUCUCAGAGUAUGGAUCCAAGAGUGCAAUUAAUGUUGAAGAAAGUAGUAGUUCUUUCAAAUGCUGGAGUCCACAUACAGCGAGUAAAAUUGGCAGACAAUCCAGGUCUUUGAGCAAUGAUAUAGUUGCUGAAGCUGAUUUUCCUAGUGGUUCUAAAUGUAACACAGAUGUCUCUGGCAAACAAAAUGAUAUUGCUCAUGCCAUAUUGCAUCAUUCCCAAAACGAGCACCAGCAAUAUAUUACAUGCCGGAUUGGGAAUGAUCUAAUACAAGUAGAAGCAACCUUGUGUACCACUGGUGAUCAGUUGAACAUUGACUCUUUGAAGGCCGCGGUUGCAUGCUCAUAUUAUCUACAAUUUCCAACUGAAAAGAGAUCAGAGGGUCUGUUGCCCAUUAUUGAGCACGUAAAAUGUGCCGGAAGAGAUCUAGAAUCCCUGGAAACUGUUGAACAUCUUAAGGAAGUUCUGGGAGAUGACAUGGUUGAAGCUUCUGUUGAUGGAUGGAUUCACAAGCGCCUGAUAAAAAGUUAUGUAGACUGCUGCAAGGAGUUGUCUGAGGUACCAAACAUCAAGGUGCUGAAGAAGCUUUACAAUUUAGAGGUUUCAGAUGACGAAAUUGUUGUGUCUGACUGUGACCUGCAAGAUUUGUCUAUUACGCCGUUGAUAAAUGCACUUCAUUCCCAAAAGUCAUUUGCAAUGCUUGACCUCUCUCACAAUUUGUUAGGAAAUGGAACAAUCGAGAAACUUCAAAAGGUAUUCACAGCAUCAGGCCAAUCUUAUGGUGGCUUAACUCUGGAUUUGCAUUGCAAUCGAUUUGGCCCGACAACAUUGUUUCAGAUUUGUGAAUGUUCACUGCUGUUUGCUCGACUAGAAGUGCUUAACAUUUCUGGAAACCGUCUUACCGAUGCAUGUGGAUCUUAUCUUUCAACAAUCUUAAAAAACUGUACAGCUCUUUGUAGCUUGAAUAUAGAGAACUGUUGUGUCACAUCCAGAACUAUUCAAAAAAUGGCCGAUGCAUUGGACUCUAGAUCUGUACUUGCCCAUCUAUGUAUAGGACACAACAGCCCUGUAUCUGGAAAUGCUAUAGUUAAUCUUCUGUCCAAGCUUUCUACUCUGAAAAGGUUUUCUGAGUUGAAUAUGAGAGGUCUAAAACUUGGCAAACCAGUUGUCGAUACCCUUUGCAAGCUUGCAGGGACCUUAACUUUAUCAGGACUAAUACUUGGAGGCACGGGAAUUGGAAACGAAGGUGCGAUAAAGUUAGCAGAAUCAUUGCUCAAGGGGACUGAAGAGCUUGUGAAACUUGACCUAUCAUAUUGUGGUCUAACAUCUAAUUGUGUUUUAAACAUGAGUGUUAAUUUUUUUUGUUCCAUCCUAGAGCUGAACCUUGAAGGAAAUCCUAUCAUGCCUGAGGGCGUCAAUGCUAUAUAUUCUCUUCUCGUAAACCCACAGUGCUGUCUCAAAGUUUUGGUCCUUAGAAAGUGUCAACUUGGGCAUGCUGGAAUUCUCCGCAUAAUUGAGGCUCUGACUGAGAACAGCAGCCUUGAGGAACUUAAUCUCGCUAAUAAUUCUGUUCCAAUGGAAGUUUCUGCUCUACAAUAUGAUUUAUCGGUAAAAAGCUGCUCACAAAACCAGGAGCAGAAACUUGAUGCUAUGAAUGUUGAUGAUAAUCAAGAAGUUCCUUGCUCUCUAGAAAUGGCCGACCAUCAGCUGGAAGUUGCUGAUAGUGAAGAUAUUCCAGUAGAAGCUGCCGCUUCUGGAGUUGACGACAGCUGUGCCAGUUCAUGUCAAAGAAAUUCAUCCUCCGAGUGCCAUUUCACUCAACAGUUUUCAUUUGCUAUUGGUAAGGCACAGAACUUGCAAUUACUAGACCUUAGCAAUAAUGGUUUUUCCGCACAGGCUGCGGAAACAUUCUACUGUUCGUGGACAACCUUACGGCCGCUUUCAAGUAAAAAGCACAUUACCGAGCAGAUUAUUCAUUUCUCAACGAGGGAAAAUACGUGCUGCAGAGUGAAGCCUUGCUGCAAGAAAGUUUGAUAUGUAGCUCCCAUGUUAAUAUAUAUAUAUGCAGAUAAAAGAAUAAGAGGCAAAUAACCAGUUGAUGUUCGAGUGCACUUUUAUGAAUAAAAAGGCGUCGUUGCUUUAUAUAUACCUGUGAUAUCAACAGCUGAAUUUAUGCAUAUUACUUUAUACAUUGUACAGAUCCCCUAGCGUGAUUUAUCAUGUAAAGCACGUUCUUAAAGAAUUCGUCUUAAUCUCAUGUAUAUUAUGAGGAUUGGGCAGAAUCUGACGAGCUUGUUUGUAACGUCUGUAUCGUGCAAGGCUAUGAUUUAGAGUAUAUAGAGAAGACGGGUAUUU